GUGGUGGGGUGUGUGUGUGUGUGUGUGUGUUUCCCAUCAUUAAAACCAGUCGAUCGAUCGAAGCUCCUGAUGGACGCCAUCGGUUCCAGUAGAGUCUUCGAACCGUACGUGCAAGUCAUCCAAAAUGCCAACAUCAGUCAGUAUUUCUGGGACAAGUCCCUCCUGCAGCCGCUGUGGGACUACUUGAGGUACAACCACGCAGAUGCGCUGCGGUCUCCCCUCUUCCCGGUCCUCAUCUCCGUCUCGACCUACUUCGUCUCGUGCACUCUGUACAUGAUCCUGGAUCUGAUGGCCCUCAGGUGCGCGGCCGUCACCCGCUACAAGAUCCACCCGGACCAGCCCGUGACCUGGGACAACAUCUUCAAGACCCUCUGGCAAACGGGCUACAACCACGUCCUGUUCGUCUUCCCGGCCACCGUGGCCCAGUGGUACUGGAGGCCGCCCCUCCCUCUGGUCGAGGAGGCGCCGCCGGUGUCCGAGUUCCUCAUCGGCAUCGUGAGCUGCACCAUCCUCUUCGACUUCCAGUACUACAUCUGGCACGUCCUGCACCACCGGGUCAGGUGGCUCUACACCACCUUCCACGCCAUCCACCACGAGUUCUCCGCCCCUUUCUCGUGGUCCACGCAGUACCUGUCCGCCUGGGAGCUGAUCAGCCUCGGCUUCUGGGCGAGCAUCGACGCGGUGCUGCUGCAGUGCCACAGCCUGACCGGCUUCGCGUUCAUGGUCGCCGUCAUCUGGAUCUCGGUGGACGACCACAGCGGCUACGACUUCCCCUGGGCCCUGCACAACGUGAUUCCGUUCGGGCUGUGGGGCGGCACCGUCAAGCACGACGCCCACCACCAGAAGCCCCAGUACCACUUCGCCCCUUUCUUCGCGCACUGGGACUGGCUCUGCGGCACUCACUGCGACUACAAACGCUCGUCCGCCGUCACGCAAAGGCAGAGCAAGAAACGCAAAGAGAGCGAGACCUGAACCCCCGGGAACCCCGUGGGGGGAGAGGGGGGGAGAGGGGGAGAGAGAGAGAGCCGCGGUUGCGUUCCUCCGGUCCUGACCUGGAACCCGAUCGCUCCUCUCGAUGAGAAGGACCAGUCCUUUCCCCUGGAACCGACUCUCUCGGCUGCGAGGGAUGUGACUGGUGAUGGAGGUGUUUUUUUUUUUUUUUUCAUCC